CGAGUAGAGACCCACUUAGCAUGAGCGACACCUAAUUGACUCUAUUAUGUGAUCGAUUUUGACACAGUUGAGCUCGCGAAAGGAGUCUUACCUCAGUAAACAGCACUACGUCAUCGAUAUAGCUCAUCAAAGGCAGUCGCGACCCAAUCCACUCUUGCUUCUACCUUCAUACACACACAUGCUCUGCAAAUCAUUUUUGAGAGUCCAAACCAAUUAUAUCCGACAGUUGAACAAACCAUCACCGAAUUUCACCCUCAGCAUCAAAACAAUGAGCACAUUCACACUGCCAGGCUUCUCGCCCGAGUGCCCUGUCAACCUCACAAAAGAUCUUAGCAAAGAACAAUUGCUAUCAUUCCCGGCAUUCAAGAACUGGUCCGAAACACUCCAACAUUCUCUGAAACAACAAGAAUCCAAGGAUCACACCUUCCACGAAGCACCUUACAAGCUCCGGCGCAUCGAUAUCCAGAGCGUGGACUUCUUCGGCGGAGAACGAAUCGGCUUCAUCAAGUUCAAGGCGGAAGUGUCAAACGACGAUGGAGAAAAGUUCCCAGGAUCGGUGUUCCUGAGAGGAGGUAGCGUAGCCAUGCUGCUUAUUCUACAACCCGACGAUGUCGAAGAGGGAUCAGAAAAGGACAAAUACGUUAUUCUGACCGUUCAACCACGUAUUCCCGCUGGAUCGCUUUGCUUCCCAGAGCUUCCUGCUGGUAUGCUCGAUGAUGCUGGCACUUUCUCUGGUGGCGCGGCAAAGGAGAUCGAAGAGGAGACAGGCCUCAAAAUCAAGGAGGACGAACUCAUCGACCUGACCAAACUCACAUUCGCGUCGGAAGAUCAGGUCAAAGAUGGAGAGAAGCUGCAAAAGGCAAUGUACCCCAGUGCAGGAGGAUGCGAUGAGUUUGUGCCCAUUUUCUUGCACCAGCAGCGCAUUCCUCGUAAACAACUCAAGGACUGGCAGGGCAAGUUGACAGGACUGCGCGACCAUGGUGAGAAGAUUACGCUGAAGGUUGUGAGACUGGAGCAGUUAUUCCGCGAAGGUGGUAGAGAUAGCAAGGCAUUGGCUGCUUGGUCAAUGUACGAGGGUCUGCGUCGCGAGAACAAGUUGUGAUGAGAGCAGCAGGAUUGUUGCCGAAUGGGGUGAUCAUGAUGGCUGUCUUCCAGGACACUAUUCAGACCAAGAGAUAACAAUGCACAUAACGAGAACGAGCUUUGCUGAUAAAAUUAAAAUGAGAAUUAUUCAAGUCGGAUA